CCUCUGCGGGAAAGCUUGGGCGCCCCUUGGCCCCGGCAGGGGGCGCCCCCACCCUUGGGGAAGGGGCGGGGACGACGGCAGUGGGCGGGGGCGGGGGCGGGGGUGGCCUGGACGGGGGCGGGCUCCCCGAGCCCCCAUUGGCUACAGGCCCCCCCAACACCAGGGCUCCCCCCCGUUCCCCCCCACAUCAGUCCAUCCUGCUUCCAGCUGCUGCAGCGCGCCUUAACCGCCUCAGCAUCCAGCAGCCCCCUGCUCUGGUCCAGCAUGGCGACCCCAACCCAGACCCCCACAAAGGCUCCUGAGGAACCUGACCCAUUUUAUUAUGACUACAAAACGGUGCAGACAGUGGGCAUGACUCUGGCUACCAUAUUGUUCCUGCUGGGCAUCCUCAUUAUCAUCAGCAAGAAGGUGAAGUGCAGGAAGGCGGACUCCAGGUCUGAGAGCCCAACAUGCAAAUCCUGUAAGUCGGAACUUCCCUCCUCAGCCCCUGGCGGUGGCGGCGUGUAAAAGCAGCCUUGGGGAACCUCCACUGCUGUCCCUGCCUGAGCGCGGGAGCCUGAGGACCCGGUGGAGGCGGUGGGGACCCCAGCCGUGCGCCGGGGAGCGCUCCCCGAAUGGGCCGCCCCACCCACCCCAAGGCUGGAGCCGCUGCACCCCGCCGUCCCUCCUCAGACCCUGGCAAUGACGACCCCCGCAAAGAGCCCGUCUGUAUCCCAGACCCAGGGACUCAGGCCUUCACUCCUGGGCUCCAGGGGUCCCUCGCGAGCCCCCACAGAACCCCGUGUACCGCUUCCCUGCACCUCCUUGUCUCCGCCCCGAAGAUCCGUACCUCUGACCCCUCGGUGUCCCUGUCUUGAGCUUAAUAAAUGUGCAUUUGGUUUUUCUCCU